CUUUGUAACCAACCUCUCAUUAACAUAAUCUAUUGACUUGCAUCGUCUUUGUCUUCUCUUUUCUGCGCACUUGCUGUGACAGCCAACUGGCUCACUUGGGCAAGGUUCUUGAGCUCUAUCUCUCUCUCUUUUCACUAACCCUUCUUACAAAGCUUCAUGGCUAGUCAAGACGUUCAGGCCAUUCUGGCCGCCCUACAAGCAGCGCAGCAUCCAACAGCGACACCACCAACACAAGCACAACCACCGCCUCUCCCUCCGUCCGCCAUUCCCGCUCCAGCUUACUCAGGAAUCGUGCCCACUCCGCCUCCGCCACAAGGCGGCUAUCCCCCUUAUUCGGCGCUACCGCAACCAGCGGCAUCUGGCAGCAUCGACUUGAAUUCUAUCAAGCCUGUAGGCCAUGGUAAUGUCAAUUUCCAAGAUGCUCUAGCAAGUGUACAAGGAUUCGCAUCUUCUCGAGGCGUUUCCUCCCCCAGUAAUGCGCCCUCGUCACGACAGGACCCCCGCCUAGCUGGUCGUGCUUCCUCCCGCCGUUCAAGAUCUCCUGACAGCUACAACCCAUAUCGUGAUGAACGUCGUGAUGAUUCGCGUCGACAGAAUGGUUAUGGCCGCUCGCGUUCCCGUUCGCCCCCUCGUGGUCAACGUGAUACGUACGCGUCAACGCGCGAUCGUGACUAUGGUCGUGAUGAUCCUGAUUCUGAAGUGGUCUCGAUUGAAUCAAACCUUGUUGGACUAGUCAUUGGCCGCGGUGGAGAGAAUCUGAAGCGCAUCGAGAAGGAAUCCGGAGCUCGUAUCCAGUUCAUUACCGGACCGCAGCACAAUGGACCAUACCGUGAAUGUCGCCUCAGUGGAUCAGUACGGAAUCGCCAGGACGCAAAGAAUAUGAUCUGGAAGAUUCUGGAUGAAAAUGGUGGUCAUGCGUCUGCCAUGAAGGAAAUAGGACAACAGCCAUCUAGGAACCAAGGCCAAAGUCAAACUCGUCAAGCAGCCAAUCAGCCUAAACUUCGGGAAGGUGAGAACAGCAUGCAAAUCAUGGUGCCUGAUAAAACAGUCGGCCUCAUUAUCGGUCGUGGAGGCGAGACUAUCCGUGACCUCCAGGAGAAAAGUCAGUGCCACAUCAACAUUGUUGGUGAGAACAAGAGCGUGAACGGUAUGCGUCCCGUGAACUUGAUCGGUAGCACCGAAGCCGCAGAAUAUGCUCGCAAAAUGAUUGAAGAGAUCGUCAAGAGUGACACUCGUAGUCAAGAUCCACCUACCGGCGCAGGUCGCCAGCAAGAUCGUCGUCAACCUACUGGUGGCGUUGCCGCUGGCACUGACAAGAUUACUGAGAUGAUUCGCGUGCCCUCUGAGUCUGUUGGUAUGAUUAUUGGUAAGGGUGGUGAGACCAUCAAGCAGAUGCAAAACGAUACAGGAUGCAAAAUCAAUGUGCAACAAGCCCAGGGACAGGACAUUGAACGGCCAAUCGAACUCGUUGGUGAUUAUGCAGCCAUUGCGCGUGCCAAAGCCACCAUAUGGGACAAGGUCGAACAGGUGAAGGAGAAGAAUGGCGGAGGCCGCUCGCAAUCACAAACUGACCAGCAGUUCGGGUCUAACGCUUUUGCCCAGCAACAGCCGUAUGGACAGCAGCCUUACGGACAGCAACCCGCUACUGCUCAAGCGGCACCGACUGCUGAUCCAUAUGCUCCUUAUGGAGGCUACGAAGCGUACACACGAUUGUGGGCUCAGUACUUACAGAGUGGCCAAGCUGCUGCUGCUGCAACUGCUGCCGCUCCUCAGCAGCCGCAACAGUGAGGAUACAACCGUGACCUCGCCUCCACCGGUUGAUUUACGAUUCGAAUUCUGUUAUGCUUGCAUACGUGCUUCGCUGAACAUGAUUGAUGACUAUUCGCCAUCAUUGAUGACACUUCUGAUGGUCGCCCCAUCACUUGAUGUCCAUCCGUCACUUGGACGCCAUCUGAACACUGCGAUACCCAUGCUAUUCGUGCUUACAUGGCUGAACCGUAUUUGCCCACCUUUGCAGUUGAAGUGCUGCUUGGAAUUGCGCAGAGCAUCCGGGCCUCCUAGACCAUUCGAGCUUUCCGCGUUGCUCCAUGAAACUUCCGAGUUUGACCAUUGGCGUGCCAAUAUUCAGCUAGGGAUUGGUUGCGAUGCGCGUUCUUCGACAUAUCAGAGCCCUCUUCUAAAGUCUUUUGCUACUUCGAGUUUUUUCCGUUCUGGUGCAUCGUGCUUGAGGUGCAUUUGAACAUGACGGAUAGGAAAAGUUAACAGGUAUAGCGAUGAGGGGAUAUAUCGGGUUUACAUUGAAAAGUAAACAAGGGUGGCUUUGGCUCCAAUACCCCCAGCUGAGGAUUGAGUUUCGACCUUUGUGCAGCACAACCAUAUUUAUUCUUGUACGCUUGCCCUCUUCGCCACGAACUUGAACGUAAAUGCUGCGAUUUGUUCUUUGUAUCUCGUGCCGACUGUAUCUCCUGUAAUUAUACAAUCAACAUGAUUCUCGGAGAACAACCAAUAAAGUGACCCCUCUCCGCCUUAAAACACCUCGGCACAAAUCCCAGGAGCAGA